AUGGAUCUCUCACAGCUCUACCUGAGUUUAAUUCUUCUGGUUCUUCCUUACAAGGCCAUUUCCACUUCUCAUCACCAUACCAAUGGACUCAAAUCCCUUCACUUUACACUAUUUCAACACGAAACCAUUAACAAAACUGGCUUUAUCAUAGUGAAUGGUGUGGCCGGGCCAGGAGUAAGCCAAACCACCACGCCUUUUGGCACACUAUUUGCAUUCCAAGAUCCCAUGACUCUUACACCCAAUUUGAAUUCUAAGGUCGUUGGAACAGCAGAAGGAACCUCCAUCACUUCUGGACUGGAUGGACUUCAGAGCAUUUCCAUUGCUAAGAUAACUUUGAAUAUUAAACGGCACAAAGGAUCCAUCUCAAUAGUUGGAGGCACACACAACAUAAAGCCUUCUGAUCAUCCCGUCGUGGGUGGCACAGAAGAUUUUCUGUUUGUUCAAGGUUAUGUGACAUCAUCUCCGGUGAAUCUGACAGGGCUGACGGUCACCUACAGAAUCGAGUUUCACCUUUUUUGGCCUCCAUAUGCAAAUUUUAGAUAA